UUAUUUCAAGAAGAAAUUGAUUCUCUUGAAGAUUUGGCAAAAUUUAAACCCAUUUGGGUGGAUUUAGAGUCGCCCACUCCUGAAGAAAAACGCUGGGUGCGUCAGCACUAUGGUAUUUCCAUCCCCGAUGAUGCGAUGGAUGAAGACAUUGAGGAGUCUGCCCGCUUCUACGAAGAAGAUAACGGCGAAUUACAUAUUCGUACCGAUUUUUUAAUAGACGAUGCCGAAGACCCCAGAGCGGAGCGCGUGGCCUUCAUCAUGAAUUUGGAUAACGAUAGUCUAAAGAGCAAGGGCAUUUUGUUUUCCAUUCAUGAUGAAGACGUUCCGGUAAUGCGCUUGCUGCGCCUGCGGGCGCGGCGUAUGCCUGGUCUCAUCAGCGAUGCCAGGGAGGUGCUGCUCAAGCUGUUUGACGCUGACGCUGAAUACUGCGCCGACUCCCUAGAGGGCGUGCACGAUGAGUUGGAAAAAAUCAGCGAGUACGUGCUAAAGGGCAACGUCACAGAUAGCGAGGCCAGCGAAGUUUUGGCCACGAUUGCAAGACAAGAAGACAUUAACGGCUGGAUUAAACGCAACGUCAUGGACUCACGCCGCGCGGUCAGCUUUAUGAUGCGGCGCAAAAUGCUCUCAGCAGAGCAGUUUGAAGAAGCACGCCAAAUCUUGCGCGAUAUGGAUUCGCUAGAUUCCCACACCGGCUUUUUAUUUGAAAAAAUCAACUUCCUGAUGGACGCCAUUAGCCGACAUUUUGACCAAGUGGUGGAUGCAAAAAUGAAGCUCACUGUGGAAAACCAAAAGGAAAAGGAAAAGCGCCAGUGCGCAGAGUGCAACAUACAUGUCAAAGGUCAAGACCUUUUUGCUGCCAGCGCCCACCAAGAUUUGUACGCCGCUAUAGACGAAUUGGUAGAUAAAUUAGACCGCCAAGUCGUGCGCUACAAAAACAAAUUGCAAGACCACUCCAGUGCCAACAAGCAUUGGGUGCAG